AUCAUUAUAAAUAACCACAACUACAUUCCUCUGAAACACCACAAACACAAUCUCAUCUUCUCAAAAUCACAAGUCAUGAAAACUUCUUCAAUAACUCUCUCAUUCUUUCUUGUUUUAAUCUUGUUGAGCUCAUGGACAGUUUUUGCCGAUGAACAAGAUGAUUUUCUUGAAUGUCUCUCUCAGACAUGCCAAAACUACUAUUCGAUUUCCAACGUUGUUUACACCCCUGCAAACUCUUCCUACACUUCCAUCCUUGAAUUCUCGAUCCGAAACACGAGAUUCAUGUCGGAAUCUACUCCUAAACCGCAAGUGAUCGUAACCCCUGAAUACGAAUAUCAGAUCCCGCCUGUCAUACUCUGCGCCAAACAAAGCAGUCUAGAGAUCAGAACUCGAAGUGGCGGCCAUGACAUGGAGGGACUGUCUUAUGUCUCACAGGUCCCGUUCGUGAUCAUUGAUUUGAUCAAUCUCAGCGAAGUCACGGUCGACGUUGACGCAAAAACGGCCUGGAUUGAAGCGGGCGCAACCACCGGCAUCGUAUACUACAGGAUUGCGGAAAAGAGCUCCACUCUGGGAUUUCCUGGAGCUAUAUGCGUAACGGUCGGCGUAGGCGGGCACUAUAGUGCAGGAGGCUACGGUGCAAUGUUGAGAAAACACGGACUAGCAGGAGAUAACGUUAUUGAUGCAAGAAUAAUCAACGCGAACGGAACAAUUCUUGACAGGGCAUCAAUGGGCGAGGAUCUGUUCUGGGCAAUCACAGGCGGUGGAGGUGGCAGUUUCGGCGUGAUCACCGCCUGGAAGGUACAACUGGUGGACGUUCCAGAAACUGUCACUGUUUUCUCAAUCAGUAGGACCGUGGAAGCACAGAACGGCACCGGACUCUGGCACCGCUGGCAAUAUGUUGUGCCUCAAGCCGACAAAGAUUUGUUUGUUGGAGUCAUUGUUUACAGGGUGAACUCGACGGUUAUUGUUAACUUCUUCUCAGUGUACCAAGGUGGCGCCGACGCAUUAGUUUCAUACAUGCAAGAAAUCUUCCCUGAGUUAGGACUACUGAGAGAAGACUGCACGGAAAUGAGCUGGAUCCAAUCGACCUUAUUUAGCAACCAAAUGCCGAUCGAUCCACUAGAAACUCUUCUCAACCGGACUCAGGCCGGUAUCAGCCAGCUCAAAGCCAAAUCCGACUAUGUCCGAACACCGGUUCCUUUGGACGCGAUUGAAGGUAUGGUGACUAUGUUACGCGAACCGGAAGCAGAUGGGACUAUUUACUACAUGGUUCCGUAUGGUGGAAGAAUGGAUGAAAUACCCGAAUCGCAGACUCCAUUUCCCCACAGAGCCGGUGCACUCUACAAGCUUGCCGGCCUAACUUACUGGCCAGACUCAGAGGCUGCUAACACGGACAGUUACAUAAGCUGGAGCCGAAGGUAUUAUGAAUACAUGACUCCUUAUGUGUCGAGCUCGCCCAGGGAAGCGUAUCUCAACUACAGAGAUCUCGACCUUGGAGUUAAUAACGUUGUUGGUGAGACGAGUUAUGAACAAGCUAGUAUUUGGGCGAAGCCGUAUUACAAGGAUAAUUUCGAUCGUCUUGUUCAGGUGAAAACUGCCGUUGAUCCGGACAAUUUCUUUAGGUACGAACAGAGCAUUCCGCCGGUGUCGACUUAUGUUGCGGAUAUUUAAGAAGUUAGAUUUAGACUUUUGCUUUUGUUUGUUUAGAUUUGAAUAAGGAUAAUUAAUUAACCUUCUGUAUUAGUCUUUUUUCUGGCUGUUUAGUCCUAAAUAAUUCCAUUGUAUCGGUUAAGAUAUUCCUUGAAGUUUU